GUCGUUACAAGGUUAGCUUCAAGUAGGCAUUAAAGUUUUCGCGAUAAUGGUUAUCACCGAAACAUAUAAUCCAUAAAUACGCAUUGUAUUAGCUUUUAUCACUGGUGAUAAUAGCAGUCACUGAUUACGAGAAUUCGCAUUUUAAUUUUGUUAAUUAAGUGAAGUGACAUCAUGCGAAGAGGAAAUUUUGAUGGUUGAAGAGUCAGAGGUGAUAAUCGAGUGGAGUUUGAUUAAAUUGAUAUUCGACACAGGAUCCAGUAAUCCGCACAUCCACAUUGCAUCACCGUGAAAUGUAAUUUCCGCCGAUCCUCAGCCGCUCACACGAUGGACUCCAGCAGCAGUUCGAGCAUCGAGAAGUGCAAUUGCGACAAGUCCGAGCCGUCGCAGGAGAGCGACAGCAGCAACUCCGAGUGCUCGUCGCCGCCGAAGGACAAGAGAAUCAAAAUCAGCCUGACCUCGUUGGGCCUGAACCUGCGACGAGGCCGAUCAAAACGCAACAAGAAGUCGAAUCAAAACGCUCCGUCCACGUCCGGCGCCGGCUCGAGCAAGGAGAUCACGAAGAAGUCGCCGAAAUGGGGCAUCAAGUUCAACUGCGCCAAGAAGGAGCCGAAGGUGGCCUUCGUCGAGGAGAACACGUGCUGCAAGUGCACGUGUUACAAGAGGACGGAGGAGCACGAGGCCGGCCCCGGGACGGUCUUCACGGCCGAGGAGAAAAUCAACGAUGUUCCUACGGAGAGCCCGAACGAGGGGGAGUUCAGCGAGAGCAGGGAGGUGGAGAACCAGGUUAACGAGAGCGAAGAGGGGGAGGGGGUUCGCGGGAUCUACGGGAUUUCGAGGAACUCGAGCUGUUUGUGUAUUGGUCCAUGGGACAUGCAUUGGAUCCGUACCGUGCACGAAGACUGUGAUGAAGCCGCUAGGUUAGCGCGAGCCCGCGAGAUCGAGCAAGGAGUCGAGGCCCCCGCGAACUUCCGACCCGUGCGGAGAGUCCAACUGCUGUGCUCGGACAUGGACUCGGAGGGAAGCCAAGUGCCGAGGAGGCUGCAGCUGGUCUGCCCUCCGGACCUCACGGUGGACUCCCUGAGGGCGCUCUUCCAGAACCACGUGACGCUGAGGUCGUGCCCCCUGGACACGAUCGCCGGCUGCCACACGCAGGUGGACUUCAUACACUGUCUAGUACCUGAUCUCCUGGAGAUUACGAAGUGCAGCUUCUAUUGGGGCAAAAUGGACCGCUACGAAGCCGAACGUCUCCUCGACGGCAAACCCGAAGGCACUUUUCUGCUCAGAGAUUCAGCCCAAGAGGAAUUUCUGUUCAGUGUGUCAUUUCGAAAAUACGGUCGUUCCUUGCACGCAAGAAUAGAACAGUGGAAUCAUAAAUUUAGUUUCGAUUCGCACGACCCUGGUGUAUACACGUCGGAUACAGUUUGUGGCCUUAUCGAACACUAUAAAGAUCCGAGUAGUUGCAUGUUUUUCGAGCCUAUGCUAACCUGGCCUUUACAUAGGAACUCUACAUUUUCGUUGCAGCAUUUGUGUAGGGCUGUAAUCGUGAAUCGUCUGACCUACGACAACAUUAAUCUCCUGCAGUUGCCUAAAACGCUGAAGAGCUAUCUCAAAGAGUAUCACUAUAGACAGAAAGUGAGAGUGGAGAGGUUUGACGACGACAUGCAGUGGCUCGACUUGAGGAAAGUAGCGCCGUAAUGUAUUUUUUUUUUUUUUUAACUGAAAUGUAUUGUGCAAUAGUUGGAACAUUAUGCAUUUUCUGUCAGUUUGAAUUUGAAAAAAAACUUAAUUGUUUCGCUUGUAACUGUUUUAACAACCUAACAAACUAGUAUAGCUAGUGACAUAUCAGUAGAGACUAUUUUAUUGUUGAAAGUGUGCUACCGGUUUAUUAGCCCUCUGUCAAAAUUAAGUCACGAUUGGCUCUCAACUUACUUAAGUACUUAACGGUGACACUUUUUUUGUGACAGAGGGCUAUAGCUUUCUCGCAGGCUGUGGUUUUAUAUUCAAAACAUACGUGUAUUAUCUGUGUAAAAUUAUAUUCGCGGGUCCAGUUUUAUUUAAUUCGCUUUACGUCAAGAGUGCUGGAUUCCGGACGAGGAAUUGAACGUAAUUGGCUAAAAACGUACCUGUCUUUGAAGUAGAGUGUUUUAUUUUGAGACCAGUAAAUUGCAUAAUGUUUAGCAGUAGUUACAAAAAUACAUACCUUGGUCCUGAGGACUGUAAAAUCAUAUACAGUAUUACUGUUUGUAUUUCAAUUAAGCAAAUACAGGGUGUCUUUCGUUUCAAAGAACUUGUUUACCAUUCCGUACAAAUUAAGUUAAAGUGUAAAUUUACAUUUGGUUAAAUUUUAAAACUGUUACAAGUUGUACGUUGAACGUAUAAAUCGUACAAAAAUUUAAACACUACAUUAUUUUAGCUUUAUGCCACCACAUUUUCAUUUUUAAUGCAAAAAAUCUUAAUUUUCAUUGGCCAUGUAAACACUAUUAAUUAGUGGGACACUCUGUAUUUUUGUGUAUAUCUGUAGCAUUUUCGCAAUACUCUAAAUCUAAACAUAGUCGCCUUUCACGCAUUUCGUUCAAAGUAUACAUAUUUAGGUAGUUCAAAUGUCAUUAAAUAAACCAUUUCAGUUACUGUUUGACCAAAAUUGUGGAUGAGAACGUACAAGUGAAGCCUGUUCCCGUUUUGGGACUGCAGAUUUUCGGUAGUUGUGUCUGUGGGUGGUUCAUACUUGCAGAAAAAAUACUCACUUUUGAUUUUUAAUAACAUUACGAAUUUGCUAGUCAUGAACAGUUACAGCCAAGCAAUGCUGCAAUUGUUGGAUGUAUUUUCCUUAUGUGUGCCCGUUUGCAAAGCAAAGUAUUACCAGGCACUAAAAUGUCUAUCAGCUGUCUUCUUGGCUGUUACGAUUAAGUGUAAGCUAACAGUGUUAGAUGUAAGGAGUUAUUACAAGGUGCCAAAUUGUUUUGUCUGGAUGCACAGAUUGUUUGCAAUAGUUUGGCUACGUGGAGUGGCCGUUUUUACAUUUUGUAACGUGAAAUAUAUAUUUUGACUAAGUAAUGUUGUAAUAUUGAUGUAGCAGUUAGCAAUGAAAGAUCGUAUUUUAAAUAUCGAAUAGCAAAUUUAGUUAAUAGCUUUUUAGGUAAUUAUUUUUAAAAGUAUAUUUUUAAUAUGAAGCAUUACUUUCAAUGAAAGUUUCUAAUGCUUGUAAUUGUUAAUAAAGUGGUAUUAUGAUGUUUGAAUAAUGUAAAAUAAUGUAUUAAAAACGAAAAUGUGAUUAUAAAAUAUGUUUAUUUAAAA